GAUGUGCCAGACGUCACUUGGUCCUCGCGCCUGCUGCAGGAGGUUCGCUCCCUGCCGCGAAAGGCUCUCCGAGUUGCUGACUGGGCGGGUGAGCGCCUCGCGGGUAUGGUGGGCAUCACUGAUUCCAAAUUCGACGUUCACCUUUGGCAACGUGAGUACGAGACGCAGAAACAAGAUGAGGAGGAAGUCAACAUUUUUAUAAUUGAUCCCAGCCCUCCUAAGAGCAACGUACUCUUCCCACUGGAACUUGUCUAUUCCAAGUUGCAAAGCAGCACCUCUUCCUUGCUUUUCUUCUCGUUUAGAUCAAUAACAGACCUAACUCCUUUGUAUAAGUACAUUGUUGUCCUGGUCACAAAGGACAAACCUGAGAGCGACCUUAAGGCCUUCUGUAUAGAGCAAUUGGAGGAGCUUCUGGGUGAUAAGACCGCCGAUUUCGUCGAAGAGAUGUUUUCAGUCGCUCUAACUUCCUCUAGUGCUGGCGACCAGAUCUCGUCCGAAAAGUCGCAUGAUGAUCGCUCUCACCGUAGGACACAGGGUCGGUACAGUCCUCGUCUGAGAUCACCCCACUCAAGUUCUCCUGAGAUUCCCCCGAAGUAUCAUAGGUCCCAUUCACCCGCAGAUAGUCCCUUUGAUUCAAAUAAUCUACGCGCCGGCAGUAUUAACAAUAACAGCAGUAAUAGACGUCUCCACAAUCAAAAUCUCUCAGACUCUCGGAGACAUCAUCAUGAAGCCCACGAAUAUGAUCCCGAGGAUUUCAACGAUCGGAACACUUCCCAUCAUCGUUCCAGAUCUGAUCAUUCAGAUCAGGAUGACUCGGAUGCACAUCGAACUCGUUCCCAGCGUCCUGAGCGUUCUCGUGAGCGGAAUGUUCGAACGGAGAGGCCUCGUGGUGGAAAACCGGAAGACUCUGAGGUAAAUCGGCCUCAGCGCCGUCGUUGUCGCAACUUUGAUGAGCGAGGUUUUUGCAUCUAUGGUGAUCGGUGCAAGUAUGAGCAUGGGAGUGAUGCUCUUGUGAUCCCUGGCACUACGGCGGCGGCAUGGACUGCCGCUAAUUUGUUUGACACCGCGUUAGCUGCGACUGGAACGUGUCUUCUUCCUGCAGCUCCGUCGAAUGGUCCAAGUGGCCUGCUGGAUGGUGGUAGUGAUCCCUUGCCAACGUCGUCUGUUGAUCAGGAUGAAGAUGAAACAAGUGGAUUACCCAUUUACAACCCCACUCCGAUUGUAGAGGCUCUCACUCGUAAGCCGACUCAUUCAUUCCGAUCCCGUUCGGGUGCAGUAAACAAAAAUAUUAUUUCCAUCCCAACGGACAAUAAUGCCUAUGAGCCUAGUUCCUCCACUCCGCUCGCCUACGAGCCUGCACGCCCUGAAAUCGCUGACGAUGAGGCUUCCGGACUGACGCAUAGGCGACCCAUCGAUGAGAGUGCGGAUCCGGCAAAUUCAGCGCCCUCUGUUAACAUUGCUUCUACUGUAGUCAGCACCGCUGACUACACACCCAGUCCAAUUAGCCGGCAGCAGCAGUGCUCUCUCCUUGUCACCAAGCUGCCCUGGCGCCUCAACGAGACCCAUAGGCUCCGCGAGCAUUUUGCCCGCUUUGGAAACAUCGUAAACAUACAGACGCAUUUUGGAGGGCAGAACUCCCAGGCUUUGGUUACCUACGCUUCCGUUGCUGAGGCCGAAGCUGCGUAUCGUAGUCCUGAACCGAUCCUUUCGAAUCGCUUCAUCCGUUUGUCUCUUUGGCCUCCCACCAACGGCUCAAUGAAUGCUGCUGCUAAUGGCGGUGGUGGCGUUAGUCGAAUGGUGGGUGGCGGUGGCCGUUUCAGAGGUGCGCCCUACAAGCGCCAUAUUGACGCUCUGGGAUUCAGCCAAUUUGGACAUUCGCUUCUGGGUGAUGCUCAGCCAAUGUCCCAACGUUUGCCUGCUAAAUUCCGCUUGGGUCAGAUUGGGGAUUCUCUAAAUUUCCUCAAACGUAGUCAUCUCAGCUGUAGCAACAGCGCCGCUGUCCCUGCGUCUAAAUCUACCCCAAACAACCGCUCCCGUUGGCGGCUCGAACGGGAUGAAAACGGCAAUCCAGUAAGCGGGGACGAAGACGACGAUGAUGAUGACGAAGAGGAGGUAGUGGACGUAGAGGCCGUGGGAAAUGAUGACGAAGCCAACCCUCACGAAGACGCAGACGACGAACUCUCAAAGAAACGAUUUCGUGCCCCCGAUUUUGACGAUAUAGACGAUCCAUAUAUACGUAAUCGGAACUCCCGCAACUCCAAUAGCAUUGUCGACGAAGAGACGUCAGACUUGGUUGUGGCAGCGCUUCAACGCAAAAAGGCUCUCUGGGAGCGUCAGAAGUCGACUGCGCUUAAAGAGCACCAGGCGAAGCUGGCGCAGUUCGAAAAACAGCGGGCAGCCCGUCAGCAACUCGAGGCAGAGAAGCGAGCGUUGAUUGUUCAGUUGAGUGCUGAAUUGAGGGAAACCGUGACUGCUCUGGAGACCGUUUCGAACUCUGAGACGAAGCGAACUCUCGUAGCAAAGGCGAAGGGUCUUUGCAAGCGCUUGGAAGAGCUCAGGAAGUCCGUACAGUAUUCAGCAAAACGCGGGGACGAGGCGAAGCAGCAGAACGCUGUUCAACAGCUUCUGCCUGAUUCAGUGGCUGCUGAACGUCUUGAAAAGAUAGCAGAAGUGAGGCAGCAGCUGACUGAACUGGAAAGCCGCCUUCAGAUCGAGGGGUCUGUUGAAUCUCAGACUGAAAUCCGUCGAAAAAUUGCAGAUCUCAAAAGGAAGCUGGUGGAUUUGGAGACAAUUCGUCCAAGCGAUCUGGCCGCUCUCAACGCCGCAACCAGUCUCUCCAUUCGAGGCCAUACAAAACUGGACAAACGACCUCGAGUACUCUAUGUCACUGGUCACAGUGCUUACGACGUUGAGGACUUUCGACAUGCCCUCGCUGUGAGCUAUCUCUACACGGAGUCCUUUCGACCUUUCGUCUGCGGUAACGACAAGCAGCCCGUGAUUGAGAUUACCUUUUGCACGCGUGAUUUUGCAGAGGCUGCAGUGCGUAUGUUUCCCCAGUUUCAUGGGCGUCAGCUAGUCAUGUCUUUCGCUCCACCUCCCUCCAUGGCGCAAGAGCAGCAGCGACAACAGCAUGAGGAAAUUGAGAUGAAAGCAGAGGGUACAAAGGUUGGCGGAGCGUGUGGUGGCUCUAAAAUGAUCCGCAGUGUCCCAUCUUGCGCGGUGGAUGAGGAGCUCUCGACGCCAGUUGUGGAUGCCACUGUGGAGGAUGAGUUUCAUUCACCUAAAUUGAAGGCCUCUUCGAGUCCUCGACUCUGCUGA